AUGCAUCUCUCACCAUGGAGCGUGUUUCUGUCCGUUGCUCUAGUUAAUGCCGCGUCCUUUGUCACCCCUAAAAUACACAAGACAAGCAAGGAACCGGACUAUCCCAAAAGAUGCUACCCCAACCCAUGCAAAGGAGUCACCUAUGUAAACUCCACCGCAGUCUGCGGUGAUCCCCGUCUCGGUCCCAAACAUCUCCCCAAAUUCUUCCCUCUCUCCAACGAACUCGAGACAUACGCCCGCUUCGGCGACCUAUGCCCCUUCGAGUUCCUCGACAAAUGGACCGUAAACGCCUCUGAUCCCACCGCGUACUGGGUCUACCCCGACUACGACGGAUUCGCAACGACAUCCGAGAAUGUCUCCAUUCUGGGCAACUUCACCCUUCGCGUGGGCCAGAAAUUGGACAGAUUCGGAAGUGAAACAGGGAAAUUCCUGGCACCGCUGGGAGCGCCGUAUAUUGAGCGAGCCCUGCCGCCUUCCAAUCUUUUCGCUCCGGCGGACAGUAGCUUCCCGUAUAACUAUCAUGUGUACGAAGUGACUAAGGAGUUUGAUGUUCUGUUGGGUCCUAUCACGCCUUGGUUUGAGCAGCCUGGAUUUGGUUCGCAGCUUUUGGCGACGUCCAGUGUGACGGUUUUGGUCGAUGGAGGGUUCUUGAAGAGACUGGAUUUGAAGGAUUAUGAUGAGCCGGAGGAGUUCUCGGCUGGCUAUUUGCCUGAGCCUGAAAAGACAUCUGCUUGA